AUGGGGGUCAAGUCCGAGGAGGGAGCCAAGAUCACGUCAUCGGCGUCGUCCGCCGGCGGGAUCCUCUUCUCUAUGAGAUCCCUCAAGCUCAAGACGAAGCAGCAGGAGCUCCUGAUCCGGGUCUCCGUGCUCUGCCUCGUCUACCUCCUCGCUUUCUCCGUCCGCCUUUUCAGCGUGCUGCGGUACGAGUCCAUGAUCCACGAGUUUGAUCCCUACUUCAAUUACCGCACCACACUCUUCCUCACCGAAAACGGAUUCUACGAGUUCUGGAACUGGUUCGACUACGAGAGCUGGUACCCCCUUGGUCGAAUCGUUGGUGGAACCCUCUACCCCGGCCUCAUGGUCACGGCCGCCUUCAUCUAUUGGACCCUCCGAUUCUUCCGCUUCGCCGCCCACAUCCGGGAGGUCUGCGUCCUUACGGCCCCUUUCUUUGCCGCUAAUACCACCAUAGUCGCUUACUUCUUCGGCAAGGAGAUCUGGGACUCGGGUGCCGGGCUUGUUGCUGCUGCACUCAUUGCCAUAUGCCCCGGGUACAUUUCAAGAUCGGUUGCGGGAUCCUACGACAAUGAGGGUGUUGCGAUCUUUGCGCUGCUGUUCACAUUCUUCUUGUUCGUCAAGGCAGUGAACACUGGAUCACUGGCCUGGUCGCUGGCUUCAGCGUUUGGGUAUUUUUAUAUGGUAUCGGCAUGGGGAGGAUACGUGUUCAUCAUUAACUUGAUCCCACUGUACGUGUUGGUCCUGCUGGUCACAGGGAGGUAUUCGAUGCGGCUCUAUGUUGCGUACAACUGCAUGUACAUAUUAGGGAUGCUGCUCGCUAUGCAGAUUAGGUUCGUAGGGUUCCAGCAUGUGCAGUCGGGUGAGCACAUGGCUGCCAUGGGCGUGUUCUUCUUGAUGCAGGUAAGUGAUACCCUCUUCUUUGAACGAGAUUUUCUCGUGAUGGUCGUAUAUUCAAUGUUUAAUAUGUGCCCUUGCUCGUGACGCCUAAUCCUUGUCGAAAUCACGACAUGCUCUGAUUUGAAAGUGCUAAUUUUGAGUUAUUUCUCUUCGUUUUUUGACGUUUUCCAUGAAUGCAAGGAUUCUGACGCGGGUGGUGAUUUUUUUGUAGAUGUUCUACUUCUUAGGCUGGGUGAAACACCUGCUAAAUGAUGCCAAACUCUUCCAAGCUUUCUUGAAAAUUUCUGUGACAUUGGCUGUUGGUGUGGGUGCUCUUGCUCUGGGAGUGGGAACGGCAUCUGGUUACAUAUCGCCAUGGACCGGACGAUUUUACUCCUUACUGGAUCCAACGUAUGCAAAGGAUCACAUUCCCAUCAUCGCGUCUGUUUCAGAGCAUCAGCCAACGGCUUGGUCGUCGUUCAUGUUCGACUUUCACAUUCUCCUUCUGCUCUUCCCUGCCGGCCUGUACUUCUGCUUCAAGCGCUUGACUGAUGCCACAAUAUUUAUUGUUAUGUAUGGCCUUACAAGCAUGUAUUUUGCUGGUGUGAUGGUUCGGCUUAUUUUGGUGGCAGCACCAGCCAUGUGUCUUGUUGGUGCUAUUGCAAUCUCGGCCACGGUCAAAAAUUUAGCAUCACUGGUGCGAACAAAAAGUAAAAGUCAGCAGACAAGUUCUGGUAAAGGAACAGGCCACGCAAAAGCAUCACUUAAGGUGAAGAUUUGUGCUUGCUAUGAUUCUACCAAUUUUUUUUACUUUUGCCUCAUAAAACGUACCGACAUCCGUCAUAUGAAGUCUGCACAUCUUUUGCAAAUGUUGUUUAUCUUUCGCUUGACGAUUAAUUCCAUGUCUAGCAUGAAUGUCUACAAAGAUAGGAUGAAAUUUCCUCUUUUUCUUUCCCACACCGUCCAAUAGGAUGUUGUUUUCUUCUUUACAGACUAAUGAUUUUUGGCUAUCCCUUUUCUCUUUAAUGGAAACUGAGUAUAGACUGCUAGCAUCAAUGCAAAAUGCUAGAGGAAAAAGUAAUGAAGAAUAAAGACAAUUUAGUUUCCUUUGGCAUAAUUUGCCUCAUAAACUUGUGUCUUCUAAUGUCUCCCAUGACACGGGGCAUAUUUGCUGUCUCCUUUUUCUAAAUUAGUACAGUAAAAUAGCAUAUUGCGCUUGAACUUUUAACUAGGGAGGUUGCUCAAAUAGUCAUAUCUUUUCCCUCAGUUUUCACCUUCUAUUGGAAUGUUUUUCAAAUUUAGGCGUACGCUAAGAAGAUAUUGCAUGUGGUAGACCCUGAUCUCCUUUUUUGGUUCAUAGAUCCGAAGGGUGUAUUAGCUGGGUCGAUUAUUAUUCUGUCAGAUUCACCUUGCUGAGGUCCUCCUUUCAAUAUAGAUUGGGGUUAUUUCGAAUGAGCAUCUAUUUCAGGAGUGGGUAUUAACUUCUUGGGCAUAAACUGCAUAUUAACUAAUGUAAUAUUCAAGAGAAACAAGUAAAGAAGGGAACAGAAAAAUUGCCCUCCAGCUGAAUGUGUGGUUACUCUGGCAUCUCCCAGUCCCCAGUAAUCUAGAAAACUCUACCAAAUGCCACCUUCUGUUCUCGCAGGUUGUAGUCAGAAAUUAUCCAUAUGAGUAACUCAUCUUUUUUCUGAUUGUUACUGCAUCUAGUGACCUAUUAUGUAGAGGCAAAGACAAGCACGAAGUUCAGCUGAGAUGUAAAACCCAAAUAAAGGGUGACCAUACGGAUGUAUCCACUCCCAUACAUGGAAGAAUAAAAUCACUUAAAUCUUGCUAGGCAUUGUUGGUAACCAUUGAUUUUCAAAAUAAUUUCGGAUCGUAUGCUCUGUAAGCCACCAACAUGUGCUUGGAUUGCCAAAUUCCGCUGCUAACAUAUUUGAGUGUCCACUGAACCAAAGGAUCAUACCAAUCUUUAGUGAAACCACUUGACAUUUCAAACUUAAACCUUUGAUUACGGUGUUUCUGGCCCUCACUUUGAUUACGCUGUUUUGUUGUCUUAAUCUCACAGUUCUGGAUAACAUUUCGUAUUUGUUGAAAUUAUUUGCAGGCUGCACUUGGUCAGUCUCUGCCUUUCCAGAAAAACGUUGCUAUGGCUUUGCUUUUUGGGGCCUUUUAUCUGCUUAGUAGGUAUGUCAUACACUGCACUUGGGUUACAUCUGAGGCAUAUUCUUCUCCUUCCAUUGUAUUGGCUGCCCGAGGAGCCAAUGGUGGUAGGGUCAUCUUUGAUGACUACCGAGAGGCAUAUUUUUGGCUUCGUCAGAAUACUCCUCCAGAUGCUAAGGUUAUGUCCUGGUGGGACUAUGGAUACCAAAUAACUGCUAUGGGUAACAGAACGGUCAUAGUGGACAACAAUACAUGGAAUAAUACUCACAUUGCAACUGUUGGAAGAGCAAUGUCCUCAUAUGAAGAUGAGGCAUAUGAAAUAAUGCAGUCACUGGAUGUGGACUAUGUUCUUGUUGUUUUCGGUGGAGUUACUGGAUAUUCAUCCGAUGAUAUUAAUAAGUAAGAAUCUUGUUGCCUUAUAACAUUCUAUGGUGACCAAAUUUCUCUGUAAACAACUGACGACAUACAUUUUUUAUACUAGGUUUCUCUGGAUGGUACGUAUAGGAGGUGGAGUUUUCCCUGUCAUAAGGGAACCUGAUUAUCUUGUAAAUGGAGAGUAUCGCGUUGACAAGGGUGCAGCUCCAAAGAUGCUGAACUGUCUGAUGUAAGUGCGAUACCAUUAGAAGAGAAUUAUGUUUAUUUAUCCGAUCAAUGUCUAUGAAUAUUUUUUUAUAUUUAUCAUCUAACACUGCUCAAGUAGCAUUUUCUUGGUUGACUCUUUAAUUUCGAUUAUAACGCCUAUGUUUUUUCCUGCCCAGAGUUCCAAAACUGGAUGCCUUUGUCUCCCGUUAGGUUUUUACAUAGAACUAUUCAUCAAAUAAACAUUAUGAUCUCUCAUGGUCUUUGUUGUUAUUUCAAAUAUCUCCAGGCUUGCAGUUGUCCAUUGCUUAGAAACAGAGAAAACCGUUUAUGGUUGGAUUCCAUGCCUUGAUACAUGCUGUUUGUAGAGUAUUUUUUCUUGAAAAGUAAACGUUAAUGCGACAGUUGUGACAAGAGCUGAUUUUCACUGUCUGCACCUGUCAGACCAACAGAUUGUAGGGUCGGCCAGUUUCUAUUAUAAAUGAGAUGAUCUGGAUUUGGGUCGGAAGAAAAAAUCCAGAAAAUAAGACUCACAGAAACGCAUCCGGCAACGGAGGUGAAUCAAAUUGAGAUGGAAAAUUUUAACAGAUUUAUUUUUUAAUUGAAAAAAGUCCCUCUAGUUCCCUAAUUUGAUGGGAUUUAGGUUAACCCGACUCAGAUUACAAUCGAAUAGCGCGUCAGGCAAUUCUGCCACCCGAUCUAAUUUUGAAUAACUAUCAAAAGUCUAUGUCCCCAAUGGUUCAUGAAGAGUUUUUCGGCUGUUACAAUAGGUUUUGUUUUCAGCUGAAUCCCAAUGGGCUACCUUUUUUUUCUGGAUUGUAUUGUAGAAUCAUAUCAAGAGCUUCGUAUUCGUUUGAUCUCUUCUUUUCUUUGAGGGAGAUGAUUACAUCUUUGUGCUGUCCCACUUAAAAUAUUCCUGCUCCCAAUCUUUCAUUUGUAUUAUUUUUAUUUUUUAUUGUAAAUCCGUUUUACCACGUUCUUUAAUUUCGAUAGAGUGAUUUGAUUGCGUACAAGUGUUGAUAUACUUUUUUCGAGGGUUUUUUGCGUGAUAAUUAACUCUUUAAAUGACAGAAUUAGAAAUUUCCUGAAUCUUGUUGAAUGAUAAACCGGUCCAAUCCAUAUUCACAAGAUACUGCAUGUUGAUUUCAUUUUGGGGCUGGAGAUCAUUUCAUUCUUGGAAGCCCCUUGGCACUACUUGUGGGAAGGUUUAUGUGCUGUGUGAACUCGAACUCAUGGCAGAUUUUUGGUACAAUAAAGUGUACAUCUUUGGACCUUCAUGUUGAUUUAGCACGACAAACAGAUCUGAGAUUGGGUCACCGAAUUCAUUUCCUGCUUUAACGUUUGGAUUCUGACGCCGGAAAUCUAUCCCACCAGGUUAUUAUCAUUAAUUUCUUUGAACACGCCCAGGAAACCUUAAUCACAUGUUAAGCAUACACCAUCCUUUCCUUCGCGUUAUAAUUGGCUUCUCUUCUCUUCUCUUCUACUCGAUGAUCAUUAAAGAAAAAUGAAAAUCAUGCACCCCCCUCAGUCGAUUUAAGCUUUGACGAAGAAAUCGACCGAGAUCACAAGUUUAUGACACUAGUAUUGGAAACCCUCGAUGAACUCGUAGUCAAGCUAUUAUAUGGAUGAAAUAUUAUUCAUUGUAGGGUUCACUAACUAUAGUUAACCUGUUAAUGAGCGGCAUAUAAUGCCUUAGAGUUGACUCAAAGUAUCAUGCCGUGUGAUGUGUUAUAUUAGAUGUUCACAAAGUCAAACAGAAUAUAGUAGAACCAAGGACCGAGAAUGCCAAGAAUGGGAGGAACCAGAAAAGAAAAAGAAAAGCUCAUUGUGUCGAAUGCCACCAGAUCCCACCGCUGAUCCACAUCUUCAGUGACAAAUCUCAAUCAGAAACAGAAAAGGGGAGUAAAUCUAUUUUCAGUGACAAAUAUUAAACAGCAGCUGCUGCUGCAUCCGUCCUAUUUACAGCUUUACACAGCUGGUUGCAGAUUUUUUAUUUUAUUUCAUACAAAUCGAUUAAUGUGCUGGAAAACAUUGGUUUUACACCAAAUACAUGAUGAUUAUCUUAGGAAAAAAUCUUGACGAUGUGCAUUAUUUUACCCGACGAUCAAUAUUCUUUUCUAUUCAUGCUGACAAUUGUCAUGCCUAUUCAGCUUCUCACUAGAUUUUUUAUUUUUUUAUAUUUUUUAAUCCGGUGGUCUACAGGUACAAGCUUUGCUACUACCGCUUUGGGGAGAUGACCACAGAGUAUGGAAAACCGCCCGGGUAAUCUCCUCACCCUUCCCCUUUCCAUCUUUGGGUGUAAUCCCACGGUCAAACUCUUGCUGCCGUUGAUCUUUAGCGCAUCAUGAAAAUAUUAUUAGUGUGGGAUUUGCUCUCAGACUCCUUAUCGGUCAAUAAAAAUGUGUUCUUUCUUCCCAAUGACUUCCCCCUCCUGCAGGUACGAUCGAGCCAGAGGAGUGGAGAUUGGGAAUAAGGACGUGAAGCUCGAGCAUCUGGAGGAGGCGUACACGACAUCAAACUGGAUAGUGAGGAUAUACAAAGUCAAACCCCCCAGCAACAGGCGUUGA